UCUGCCUCUCUGGUGCUUGCUCCAUCUCUCUCAGUCAUCCUCUCCCGCUUUGGAUGCUGAGCCUGCAACGUUGGACAAGAAAUAAAUAAUAAAAGCCUCGCUUCGCUCCAGCCGGCGGACGCGUCAUUUGGAAGGGAAGCAAAUAAAGAUCCCAUUUUACUUCCUCCUGAACUACAGAGGAACCUUCGAGAGUCCAGGAAAGGAUACACAAAAGUUUUCUGGUUCAGGCGCACAUGCCAACUUUCAGAAGACUUCUUGUCAAGAAGAGGAAAAAAAAGGGAGAAAGACCUGACAAGACUGAAAACCGGCCAUUUCUGAAGGCUGCUCCAUUCCAGUUGCAAUCAGAGAGAGCAUGAAGACAAAUUCCAAGUCCACUCGCCUUCCAGUUUGAACAAAGAUGAAAUAGCAUGGGUCCUCUCCUAAUCACCAUAAUGCAGAUAUUGGCAUUGUGAAGCUUUUAUCCCCUUCUCCAGGCCCAACCCAACCAAUCCCCACUUAAGUUUAUUUUUUUCUUGCAUCUAUUCUUGUCUCCCUUUCUCCCCAAAUACACAUUAACUUUCCCCAUAUGCCCCUCACAUAUUUUCCCUGAUUAAGGCUUUCCUCUUCUGUGUUUCUUUUCACUGACAUCAUGCAAAGUGCUUCUCCCAUCCCCGCCUUCCUCCUUCUUAUUCUUCCCUCCCUCUUAUUGUUGUCCAAUUUCCCCAACAUGGUCAGAGGGGACUGCUGGCUCAUUGAAGGGGACAAAGGCUAUGUUUGGCUUGCUAUAUGCAGUCAGAACCAGCCGCCCUAUGAGACUAUACCCCAACACAUCAACAACACGGUGCAUGACCUGAGACUGAACGAGAACAAGCUGAAAGCUGUGCUUUUUAGCUCCAUGUAUCGCUUCACCAAUUUGACAGACCUCAACCUCACCAAGAAUGAAAUCAGUUAUAUAGAGGAUGGCGCCUUUGCGGGACAAGCAAAUCUUCAGGUCCUUCAGUUGGGCUACAACAAGUUGACCAACCUAACUGAGGGUAUGAUGAGAGGACUUGGGCGCCUUCAGUGUCUUUUCCUGCAGCACAACCUCAUUGAGGUGAUUGCCACCAAUGCAUUCUGGGAGUGCCCCAGCCUCAGCAGCAUUGACUUGUCAUCCAACAAACUUGCACGAAUUGACCCCUCCACAUUCACAGUUCUUAAUCGACUAAUGGUGUGUGAACUAGCAGCAAAUCCAUUUCACUGCGGUUGUGAUCUCUACAGCUUCCUCACCUGGUUGGAGUUCUUUAACAACGUGUCACACACCUACGACCGCCUCCAGUGUGAGACACCGCGGGAAAUGUUUGGCUACCCCUUACUCAGUCCCGUCGCGGCUGGCCAUGCCAUUCGGAAUGCCAAAAACAUACUGUACCAUCACUGCCGAGACGGUGUGAUGAUUGCAGGCAUGACGUCGCUACCCCCGGAUCUGGAGGGCCCAUCUGGGAUUGGGUCAGACAUGUUUGGUGGUGUGGGGCCCUACCACCAACCCACCACUUCCUCGUCAUCAGCAGAAAACAACCUCAGCCCCAAAAUCAUACUCGAGCAUGUCACGUUGUCAUCAGCGUCUCUUGUUGUGAAGAUUCCACGACCUUACAGUAAAAUGUACAUUCUGACGCAGUACAACCAAACGUUCGUUUCUGAUGUGAUGAAUCUGAAGAACACAAAGGAGAGGAUAACUCUCAACAAGCUAAAGCCUCACAACAAUUACACCUUUUGUGUAGCAUCCAUCAGCAAAUCUCAGCGGUAUAACCACACCUGCCUCAAUUUCACCACCAAAGGGCAAAGCCAGGAUGUUCUCCCCUCCACCACUACUCACUACAUCAUGACCAUUGUUGGCUGCCUUUUUGGGAUGCUAAUUGUUUUAGGAAUUGUCUACUAUUGUCUUCGUAAGAAGCGAAUGCAUGAUGAAAAGAAGAAGUCCAUCUGCGUUAAGAAAACUAUUUUAGAAAUGCGUUAUGGCCCAGAGGUUGCGGCCGCCGUGGCAAAUGAUCCAUCAGCCGUCCACAAGCUUCAGGAGCAAUCCAGAGAACAUCAUCAGUAUCAGCACCACCACGGCGGAAAACUGUCAACGUCCUCAAGCUCAGGAAUGCUCCACUCGGCCAACACCACCUCCUCCAGGCUUUCAUCAAUCCCUCAAGUAGAAAAGAUGGCGACCGCCUUCUCUGAAGCCCUGGCCACAAGCAAAGGAAACUACAUGGAUGUGAGAAGUGCAGGAGCUGGACGUGAGAGAAUGGGAGAUGGUGGACAUGUUGGCAUGAGAGGUGAGGAUUUGAGAGAUGAGGAUGGGACUGACCCUGGAGAAGACUCUGAUGAUGACGGGCGUGGAUCUGCCUCAGAGAUCUCUACGAUUGCGAUGGAGGUGGACAAGGUGAACCAGAUCAUCAACAACUGCAUCGAUGCUCUGAAACUGGAUGCAGCAGUUGCAUCUUCAGGUGCUUCUGCUAAUCACACAGGUUCCACCAGCCCCACUUCCCCCCCACCUACCAGCACAUCUCUCACUCCCAGCCUGAUUCCUUUGUCACCAGGAGUGACAGAGACAUGUCAGGUCAUUGCUGCAAACAAAAUUCCUCCUCCUCCCCCACUCCCUGCCUUGAACACCCCGCUUUCUGAGCGACCAGGGAUAAGCGGCGGUGGUUUUGUUGUUAGUCCCCCUUACAGGCACCCACCGCCAGCCAAUGCUGCUCGUCCAGUUCAAAGGCAAAUGAGUGCAGACGCAGCAGUGGUUAUUGCAAAUGCUGUCAAGAAGCAGAGCAGCACCACUUCUUGUGGCUCCACGGGUCGGGAAAGAGAACGUGGAACAUCAAGAGUCUACAGCCUGGACGUUCCAGAACCAAGAAGUCCAGAUGGUUGUAGUCAACAGCAGCAGCAGUACCCAGAACGGGCCAGUCCCGUGGGCUGCAGGGAACCCCUGGACAGGCUGCCCUUAGUGGGGACUGGGAGCUGUGGUGGAGGGGGUGGUGGUUGCGACAGUGGUGGUGUUGGUGCUCAGCAUCAGGACAGCCAGAAGUCACACCACUACCAUCAACAACAACAACAACAACUGCAGCAGCAGCAACAGCAGCAGCUGGAAGUGCAGCAGGACUACCACUGCUCGGAGCACCGCCACUCUGUCCCAGCUCUCUACUACCAAGGGUCCCACCAGGGCUCCCCAGCUCAGAGAGUUUCGUUCCUCAAACCCCUGACGCGUUCCCGCAGAGACGCAGCUUCCUAUUCCCAGCUUUCGCCUGCUCGGCACCACUCCAGUUACUCUGGAUACUCCUCUAGCCCGGAGUACUCCUCAGAGAGCUCGCUGAGGAUCUGGGAGCGUUUUCGUCCAUACCGGAAAGGCCCAAGAGAAGAGGCAUGUUACGUGACAGCUGGAAACGCUCUUCGAAAAAAGGUGCAGUUCGCCAAAGGUGAGGACCUGCAUGACAUCCUUGACUAUUGGAAGGGUGUAUCUGCUCAGCAGAAGCUGUGACUGAGGACAAAAAGAUGAGAAUGGUUACAAAAGUUUGGGUACUUCCUUUUCUGAUCAGCCUGUGGGCAACAGAGAGUACUUGAACACUGCAGGAAGAGAAAAUGUUGGACAAAAAUAUGGCCUUUUAUUUUCUUUCUUUCUUUUUGUGAUUUUUUUUUUUUUUGGCAUGCUAGGUAUAUAGGAUAUUGUGCUAAAAGAUAGUACUGUGAAACUGUGCCUGGGAUCAGAGAGUCAUAACAAUGUUUUUAUUUCACACUUUAUGGCAGCAGUUCUUUUGGAAAUACUUCAGAACAAAGCCCAACUUUUACCCUGCAAAAAAUGCGUAGGCAUGUUCACAUUUUUUUCUGCAAUUAUAAUGUACUUAAAUGUAAAAACAUUGUAUGAUGGGCCUAUAGGUGGAUUGCCGAAUGGAUGAUGGAUACAGAAGUUCUAGAUCAUGGCCAUGGGGUGGCUGUGGUGCAGAGGUAAAAUGGUUGACCUCGGAUACGAAGGUUCCAGGUUUGGUUCCUGUCUUCCCAGCCCUUGUUUUAAGUGUCCUUGGGCAAAACCCCACAUAGCUCCUGGUGGUGCCACAGUGCGUGAAGUUGUGUGUACAUGAGUGAAAGGGACUGGGCCUUCAUUUACGCAUAUUAAAACUAGUAUCUAACUUAGAUUAAAUUUUAUCAAGUUUGAGGCAUACAUUAAUGUAAAUCUUUGCAGAAACUUUAAGUGAAAGCUUUUAAAUAUAGGAUAACUGAGUCAUUUUUCCAUCGAUGGGAGCAUUUUAGCAGACAAUGCAGUGAAUGGUGUGGAUAACGAGAUGUUCUGUAUUUCAUAAGAGUACUGAUCAUGCUUAAUCAUUAAAUUCAUAAGAGACCACGCCCCAAACUGUCCAGUUAAAACAGCUACUGUGAGCCUCACUAGUUUCCAACACCCAUAGGAUAUUUUGAGUUGUUUGUAGGGUAGAAUUGUCUUUUAGGACCCACAUUAUUACCCUGUCACUUUACAGACUACCCCAUAAUUAGGAAAUAGGAACAGAGUAGUUAUAAAAGAAAAAUAAUCUAGAUUUUCUGUAUCUAUUCCGGUAUCCUUUAGUUUUUCCACCUCUUGGUCAUAUGUCCAUACAGAUGAAGGACGUACAGGGUAAAAUGUGGCCUUUGUUCUCAAGAGUAACCCUUCUUUUUGUUCUUGUUAGCGUUUGUGGGUUUCAUAUUCUCUACAGGGAACAAAUGCCAACAGUGUAAUUAAGUACUCUUUCAAGUGAUCCUACUGACCCGUUUAAUUAGUGCCAUGCUUCAUCACAAGCUUUAAGGUUGUUUGAUCCAAGAUCUUUACUGUUGUAUAACCUGCUUACAUUUGUAUGUAUAAAAAAUGGGUUAGGAUGUGUCACGGUAAAACAAAUAAUAGUGAAUAAUUUAAGCAUUUGGCAAAUACAGUAUGUGAGAAUUUAGGACAGAAGAAUGUGGAUAAUCCAAACAAAAAAUGAGAAAACAGAGUUUUACAGGUUGUGGAGGAUAAAAUAAAUCAUGGAGGAGGUUAGGGUUGAUGAGUAAUAUGAUUUAAAUCAGAUUAAAUUGUUUUACUUUGUGGAAAAAUGUAUAAAAAGGCCACUUUAACGGCUGUCCUGAAUGGCAUGUUCCUUUCUUCCAAUUCAUUUGUGGGAGAGAAAAAAAGUACAGAGCAAUCAAAUAACCCCUUUAGCUCACAGUUAAUGUUUUUAACUUGAUAAUGUUGCUGCAGAGCUGAUUUUAUCUUAUCUCUAAAUGUAAAGAAUAUUAACUUUUGAUGAAGUUUGUUGAGGGGUUUUUAUCAAUAAGAAUUGCAGAAGCUAAACUACUACUGGCAGUUACAUUUACUUUAUCUAGCUUAAAAUCUUGUAGUUCAUAAAUAUUGAGCUCUUUCACUCAUCUGUUUCAUAGUUAUUUAUAUUGAUUUUAAAGAAUAUGUUGAAAAAUGACUACAUCCUAACUCUACAGAUAAAAUCUACAAGAAAAACCUUGCAUUUGUGUCUCAGACAGUGGAAUCAUUUCACGCCACUGCUUCUCAUAAAUUGUCAUCCUGCCUGUUUUAUAUAUAUUUAUUCAACUCUUUGCAAAGGGUCACAGGUCUUAAUAAUGUUUUCAUCCAACUUUUUUUUUGCACGAAAUUAUUUCUCAGCUCAACCAUAGGGUGAUACAUGUUACACCCCCCCCCCCCUGCUGCAGAGGUUGCACAUCAUUUUCAUCCUGUACUAUUAAACAAAAUAGGGCACAGUGGGAGGGGACUCUUCUGAUUACUGCCAGUGUGUCUGUUAUGUAAUGGAAAUGAAUGCCGUCGUUGUCUAAAACUGAGAACUUAAUUAACCAACGUGUGACAGGCAUGUCCGCUUGCACUUUAUGCCUCAUGAUUAUGUUUGUGGUACACAAUGGUCGUUGUAAGCGGGUGUUGGCAUGCCUUGUCAGAAUAUAUUCUGUAUGCCCUUAAACUGACUUAAAAUUAUACUCGUCCAUCUCUGAUUGUCUGAGUACUGGAAUACUAAUGGCAUGUACAAAUGUACAUAUGUCAAACAUGUUCAUUAUUUUAGUGUUUUUGUUUUUAAUGCAGAUUACAAUUGUGAGGUCGAAGGUUACCUACUUGUCUUUAAUGAUAGUUAACUGUAGACAAAUCUGCCAUCAUCAGAAAUAUACUGCCCUUAAAAUGUGAACUAGUGUCCUUUGCUGUACAUUUUUGUCCGUUUCAUUUCAGAAACCCUUUUCCCAAUACCUUCCCUGCUCCCAGGGGUCCCAUAAAACAAGAGUGUGGUAUGAGCAGGUCGUUAAGUCAAAUUUGCUGUGUAAGCAUUCAUGCAAGCUGGUUUGCCAACAACAUUUACCAAAUUUACUUUUCUCUUUGACACAGAGUCAUUGUAAAGGUUCUUUUUAUUUAUUUAUUUUUUUAAGGUUUUUGUGUGCUAUUGAAUAUUCUGGAUGAAUGCAUUUUUGAGGAGAAAAUAUGCAAAACAAUGUUAAAGUCCAUUCUAAUAGAUGCAUCAUUUACUUUGCAUUUGUUUUAAAAAACACAUUUGUCCCUUUUGUUUUGAUUCUAGUUAAAUCUAUGAGUGGGGACGAUAAUGCUUAGAGGUUACGUCUCUUGGAUUCAGUGUUCAGUUGUCGCAUCCACAUUCAGUUAAAGUCAUUGCUGGAACAUCUACUGUGUCUGAACAUUUUUCUUUGGUGCUUUUUAUCCUAAAUAUAGGAAGUAUGACUCCUUUUUUUUUAUAAAUGAAUGAAAUCCACCAUAACCAAAGCAAAUAUUGUAUAUUGCUGUUAUGCUUACAUAGCAUUUUAAUCCCUGGGAUGAAAACAUGUUACACUCAACUUCCCACUCUCUUGACUGCCACAGCCCGUUUACAGAAAGGACACUGAACGGAAGAAGUGGAAAAGCAAACAUUCAGGAAUAAAAGAAUGGUCAUUAUUUUAGCAACCAUUCACAUCCAUUAAGUUAAAGUAUAAAAAAAUCUGUUUGUUUAUAAACCCUAUUGACUUUUAAUGUCAUAAAUUUUCUAUUUUUAUUUACAUGUAUGAUGUAUUUUCAGGAAAUAAACUUUCAGGUGAUAAAGGUGCAAUUGCUCUUCUGCUCAGAUUUCAUUCCUUUCAAUUGAAAGCAAUGCUUGGAAUAAUGUAGAUUGAGGCAAAACGAAUUAUAUUUCAUAUAAUUUUUAGUAAUAUAGAUAAAAUAUAAAGCAAUGCAAAACAAAGAGUGAAGGGAGCUAAAUUCAAUCAUCACCUGUUUUCUGUUAACAGCAGGAAACUAAUUGGUUCUCAGCUUUUUUUGUGUGCACAUAAUAGUAUAUCUUUGUUUUUCAAAUCAGCUCCUCUAUAAACUGUCAUUGGAAUAUGACACACAAAACAAUCAGUUAAGUAAAUCCUCGAAGCAUUAGCAAUAAGAUUAUGUAAACAUAGCCCACAAAACAAACUUUAAAAAAAAGAAAGGAGGAAAAAAAAUUGUCUUCAUUUUCAGCAGGCUGUUUCCCAGCAUCCCUGGAGGGGGGCUUGGUUGAAGAUGGAUGGUCCUUUGCACAGCACCAUCCCUAUUGUUUGUCUGAGACACAGGAAAGCAAGAUCUGAGAAAGCCGACCACUGUGCAAUUAAUGUUUAAUCCCUCUAUAAAAAAAAAAUAAUAAAAAAACUAGCUUCUUUAUGUGGCUUCACUGCAAAGAAAACAAUCCCCAGACAUGCUUCCAUUUCUAGUCCGCUGAUGCUUAUUGUUGCCCUUUAACGACAACAUGCAGGUUGUGUUAUUCACCAAGUAGACGAUUUGAAUUAUUUUUUUCUAAGGAAUGCAUUAGGUAGCGAUGUGGGGAUUUGUGGGGCUGCUAAGCUGCAGGCGUGAGGCAUCUGUGGGCCCUUGUCUGCAUUGGUGGAUUGAGGGCCCAGAUCUGGAUAGGCUCCUCUUUACUGUCAUUCUUUGCUAGUCUCUCGUGAAGACUGUGAGAAUAGCUCUAAACUGACGUUUUUUCUUUCGUUGCUCUCUCAAGGGAUUGUUGCAACAUUUUUUUUUUGACAACAUAUCUUUCCAGCCUUUAGGCAGAUUUUGCUUUUAAAGAAAAAGGACUGACGUAUUAUGUAAAAAAAUAGGCAAAGCUUUAAAAAGACAAAUCAGUCUUUUUAAAGCUUUGCCUAUUUUUAGCUUUAACUGAUCAGCUAAAGCUUUAAGAAGUGUAGUUUGAGUUGACAGCAGCAGAAUAAAUCUAUGUUCACACCAGCCUCUGCAAUGUGGACACUUCCGGUGAAAAGUCAAUUUAAACGCAUGUCGAGCUUCUGCAUUCAAAACUCCUGCUCCCGCACAGCUGCGCAAGUUUCUACAACCAUUUUUUGGGCUCUACGUGCAGCCAUUCAGUUAAACCAAUAGGAGACUCUGAUUCGGUAGUGACGCACGGAUGGUAUCUUUUUUCGUUCAUGGAAGUGCCAACCAUUUGAAAAUCCAUCAUGGGGGAGAAAUUACUAACUGUUGGAAUUAAAUUACACAAAAUCUUUUUCGGAAUAGAGCUGUGAAAGAAAAGGCCGGGAGUGAGAUAAAACGGAUUAGCACCGCUAUGACAUUUCGCACCAAGCCUCUUCCAACUAUAGGUGGCGGACAUGCACUAGUAUACAAAAAAAAAGAAGAAGAAGAAGCCCCUCCCAUCUCUUCCAGUGUGAACACUAUAAGCUAAAUGUGAGUCACAUGCCUGGUGUAAAUGUAGCACAACAGAUAUUACUACUACCACUGUUGGUGCUUUUUUCUUUCCCAUUUUAAUGAUUUUAGAGCUUAUAUGGUACAAUAAAAUCAGACAUGGUGUGUGCUUAUUGGAUAUUCUAGCAAAUUUGAAAAAAUGAAAUUGCAACCUUUAUCCAAAAUCUAACCAUUAAGGAUGAAACUGAAAACAAAAAGAAAAAAUCUAAAUUUACACAAAAACGAAGUCAUUAUGGGGAUAAAUUUCUGGGUUAGAUGCCUUGACUAGUUAUGAUUUCUGAGCAGAAGAGCAUUGAAUCAUUGUUUGAUUGAGCCAAGUUGAGAAGGGGUUUGCCACCUGGUUGAAUCCAGUUUCCAAAGACGGGACAACGGACUUCAAUCUGUGAAAUAUCUGUGAAUUUUGUAAAUUAAAUGAGAGGGGAAAAAGUACUAUUAAGACUAAAAAUGCUUCAAUGGAUGUUUUAUACUUGAUAUAUCUGUGUACUUCUCUAUUUUUAGUUGGUUGUUUGUCUCUUUGUUUGUUUUUGGUUGGGUGGGGGUGUUAACUGGGAAUGGAGGGUCUGACUUUUUAGUACUUUCAGUCAUAUACCAUAUGUUAUACAGGUUUAAGAACAGAGAAAGCUAAAAUUAGUGUACAGUAAAAAAAAAAAAAAAAGAGGCGUUGUUAUAUUUGCAUGACUCCCUGUAUUUUUUGAAAGAUGAAAAUAUGUUGUUGUGUAAAAUGAGUGGACAUUCAUUGAAAACUAAAAUACCAGGGGCUGAAUUUGCAGUCUCUUCAAGUAAAUUCCAUUUGAACAUCAAGGUUUUUGCUCUUUCUUUCUCUCUGUACUCUGAUGACGCUUACUUUCUUGCCAGCUGUGUGUUGUUGUUUUUUUCUUUCUCUGCUUUUCUGUCACAUCCUGAUACUGCAGUUUUGCGCUGCUCUUCUCGCCGCAGCCGGCGGUAAAAUGUGGUGCAAAAAAAGGGGCCGAAUGUUUGAAGCUGGUGGUGGCUUACAUCUCCUUUCAUACAAGUUUACAUAGAUUAUAUUACGUGACAGAUGCAAGAAGCUGCUAUCAUGGCUCAAGGCGGCCCCAAACCACAGCUUGUGCAGUCACUUCCGUUUGAUUAAAAUCACAUAAUGACAUCUAAGGAGAAGCGGGCUUAGACUCAGCUGCCAAUCUCGACUUGCGAAAUUCUAAUCUAUCAAUCAGUUUGAGGUCUGCUGCAAAUGAAUGCAGCAAAAGCUGCAAUCCUCUCAGUUUCCAGCCACUUGCUGUUAGCUAAGUGAGCGAUUGUCAUUCAUCCUCCUCUUGUCUAACAACCUGCUGGCUUUUUACCCUCGACUAAAUUCACCUCAUUUGCUGCCCCUUCUAAACGAGUCUUUUUAUCAUGUCUUUCAAUCCACUCUUGUCACAUUAAAUCGUACUGAGCUGGAAACGCCAGUGUUGUCGAAAUUAUGUCAUAUAAGGGCACAUUAAGAGAGACAAAAGUCAGAGAUACGUUCGACAACAGCUCCGUUAGUGUAUUAACAAAACUCUCAACCUUGUUAUUAACACGUAAAAAACACAGUCCGACACCGCUAAACGUUAGCCGUGAUUUUGACAAAGCUUCGUGUACUUCUCAAAUUCGCGUCAACAUCAGUAAGAACAACCAGAAAUAAUCCACAUUGUAGGCUAUAGGCCCUUCGAAUUGUUGUUUUUGGAAAAAAAUUAAGGCGUGUAAGUGCGCCUCAUGCGGAGAAUAUGGUAAAAGGAAAGUCAAAUAUAGAGAGAAUUAAAAAUGAACAUUGACCCAAUAGAGGCGACCAAAUUUAUUCAAGACAACUGAAAAAUUAAACCAGGUUCACAACAUAUUUAUCCCCUUUUUGACUGACGCAUGACUUUUUGCAUUUGCGGGUUCAUAAAACAAGCCUCAAGACAAAGUCGUGAUUAAUUUGGCUGUGAUAAUUCUCUGACUUCCCAAAUAAGUUAUUUGUGGUUCAGGCUUUUUCCAAAGCUGAAGGAUGUCUCCUUUGUCACUUACAAAGAAAAAAUAAAAUGUAUUAACCUCUGAGCAAGGUCAGUUCAUCAUGCUGUCAACAUAGCUGUGCUAUAAAAAACAACUAGUCUUUAAAUUUCUCUUUAAAAAUUGCCCUUUCAUCAGAUAAAGCAAACAUAACAUAUCUAGCUCUGCAGACUAAUCUUUAAUUUAGAGGUUUUGGGUCUCCAGGGGUAAAGAACGUUGUAAAAGUCCCAUAGCAUCAGAUCUACAUGCCUUUGAGGGUUUGAGGCCUGUCAGUUAAGUCACUGGUAAUAUUUUCUGCCCUCUUAAGUAAGUGGUUGGGACAUCAUUGCUAUUCUUAAAGCUAAGUCUAAUUCUUUGUUAGUUUUAGAGCUUGAUGAUGGGUUUUCAAACCAGAGAGCUUGGCAGAAUGGUUGCACUUUUUUUUAAAGUGGCACCAAGAAGGGGGACGUACUGAAGUAAUACGAUUACUGGCUGAUUUAAUCAUAUGCUAAUUUUGUCUUAGCUUGGCAGCAACAAAAUAAUUCAUCAUUUAUGUUGAUCUCAUACAAUGCAGAAACAUCAUGUGACAAGUUUGUAUCUGUGAAAACAGCUGGAACGAUCACUGCUGCGUGAAAUCCAAUGUGCUGCAGUUGUGUUUUCUUCAGAUGGAAAUGGACUUGGCCCUCUGGUUUCAUCACGGUCACACGUGAGUCCAAAAGUUGAAAAACAAAAAAAGAGGUUCGGAUGGGUGCAGACAAAUCCUGGCUCCCUGCUUUUCUCUCUCAGCCGGUUGCUUUUGCUGACAUGUUUCAGUUUGGGUUUUCUGUACAAAAGAUCAAUUUAUAUAUUUGCAAUACAUUUUUUAAUAAACAUC